AUGAGAAUAAGCGAUGAAGUUAUUGGAAAAGAACAAGAUGGAUUCCAAAUCUUUAUCCUUGCGUAUAAAACGGACAGCUCCCAAGUGAUCGGUGGUCGCUCUCGGCUUUGUCUAAUAGAUUUAGGAUUGGGCGAGAGAAGCUCAAAAGGUGAUAUGCAAACGCUAACAAUGCCUGUUAUCACUAAUCUACUGGUUGCACUCUUUCAAGGACAACGACAUUUACCCAGCCGGCAAAGCGCACUGUGUAUGUUGCUGAAGGAUUCACUGGGGAAUGUUCGUUCGAAGAAUUCAGUUCUCUUCGCGUCACUGUCGGAUCGUAUCUCAGAGACCGAGAAUAUCGUUCAGAUGAUGUCAAAGAUUCAACGCGCCGCACGACCACGAAAAUCCAAUCGGCAUACAGUAAGUAUUCCGGUCGCAUUGUAUUUUGACGAUUACUGUGAAGUAAUUAUGACAGUUGCUCACGUCAAAAUACAAUUUGCCCUUAUAAUUGUACUUCCACUGAAACGUUUUGCUGAAGAGCGAUUCACCGUGUUUGAAGGGUAA